GGCCGCUCGGCCGCCCUCACUCCGCGCUCCGCGCCGGGCCGUGCCGCGCCGGGCGAUGCCGUGCGGGCAGCCCGACAGCGGGGCCGCCCCGACGCGCUACGUGCUGGGGGUGGACGUGGGCAGCACGGUGGUGAAGUGCCACGUCUACGACCGGGCGGCCACCGUCAGGGGUUCCAGCUACAGGAAGGUAGAAUCACUUUAUCCUCAUCCUGGAUGGGUUGAAUUAGAUCCUGAAGUUCUAUGGAGUCAAUUUAUUGGUGUAAUAAAAGAGGCUGUACAAGCUGCAGGACUUCACAUGAGGCAAAUUGCUGGUCUUGGCAUCUCCACCCAGAGAGGAACUUUCAUUACAUGGCACAAGAGAACAGGGAAACCCUUUCAUAAUUUCAUAAGUUGGCAAGACUUAAGAAGUGCUGAACUUGUGAAUUCCUGGAAUAACUCCCUUCUGCUGAAGGUAAUCCAUAUUAUUUUUACAGUGCUUCAUUUCUUGACGGGGAAUGAUCGAUAUUUGGCACCCAGUUUUCUUACUUUUUCAACACAUCAAGCUUCAAUGAAGUUGUCAUGGGUUUUUAAAAACAUACAUGAGGCUGAAGAAGCUGCCAAAAAAAACAACUGCUGCUUUGGGACGGUUGACACAUGGUUACUGUAUAGAUUGACUAAAGGUUCUGUGUAUGCUACAGAUUACUCAAAUGCCAGUUCCACAGGCAUUUUUGAACCUUUUACGAAAUGUUGGAAUCCCACUUUGUGCAAUCUGCUUUCUAUUCCAGUGUCUAUUUUUCCACCAGUGAGAGAUACAAGCUUCAACUUUGGAUCAACUGACUCUGAAAUAUUUGGGGUACCUAUUCCAAUAAUGGCAGCGGUAGCUGACCAACAGUCAGCUAUGUUUGGAGAAUGCUGCUUUCACCCAGGAGAUGUUAAACUGACCAUGGGAACAGGUGGUUUCUGGAAUGUGAAUACUGGAGAGCAUCUCUUUGCAUCACGGGGAAGUCUUUAUCCUCUGAUCGGUUGGAAAAUUGGGGAAGAAGUUGUUUAUUUAACUGAAGGCUCUAUAUCAGACGUCGGCACUGCCAUAAAAUGGGCUCUGGAUAUAGAACUUUUCACCAAUGUAGAUGAAACAGCAGAAAUGGCACAGAAUGCUGCUGAUUCUCAAGGUGUUUGUUUCAUCCCAGGUUUGCAGAUUUCUGGGGAUGACCCAUAUUUUUGUGCCUCUUUCAUGGGGCUGAAACCUUCCACUAACAGAAACCACCUUGUUCGAGCUAUAUUGGAGUCUGUAGCUUUCAGAAACAAGCUGCUUUAUGAUGUCAUUGUGAAGAAGGUGCACAUUCCUCUUCGAACUAUUCGAGCUGAUGGAGGUGUCAGUAAUAAUAGUUUUGUCAUGCAGAUGACAUCAGAUUUAAUUAAUAAGAAAAUAGAAAAACCUGCAAAUGUGGAAAUGUCUAGUCUUGGUGCAGCUUUUCUAGCAGGCCUUGCUUCAGGAUUUUGGACAGACAAAAAACAACUAAAGAAGCUAAGGCAAAUAGAAGCAGUGUUUGAGCCCCAAAAGGAUUCAGAGGAAUACAGACCUGCUAUGGAUGCAUGGCUGCAAGCAAUGAAACACUCACCACACUGGUAGAAAU